GACGUUUACAUUGGGGCGGGGCUAUAAAGCCUUGUUUUUCAGUCCUACGAGCUCAACGAACUCCAUUUUGUGAAGACUGCCGAAGCAGAGCAUCGUCCCCGCGCAAGGCGAAACUCAGAAACGACAUAAAAAGUCUAAGUUAGCCGACGAACCGCUCGCUAACCAAGUUAUCACCCGAAAGGAAAGCAAAUCUUAUCGUAUGUCCGGUAUCCAGAACCUCCUUACUUUUGGUAAGUUGUGAUUUUAAUCAAAGUAACAGCCAGACAAGGUGGGGGAAGGGCGGCGUGAAGCCGAGCUAAUGCCGGGUGUCUACCUAACUUUAGCGAAGAAAUAUGUUAAAUAAUUGUUUGGAUUUGACCCAAGUGAGAGUUCUUUGUGAAAAAUAUGUUAAAAGUUAAAGGAUUGAAGUAUUUAAAUCAACCUUAAAACACUGCUCGCCUUGCGGGCCUUUGCUAACUCAGAUCGGCCGCCAUUAGGCCCAGACUUGGCUGCUGAUCAUCAAGCCUUUUCUUCUUCUCCUCUCUGAUUUAUGAGAUCCAUUAUUGUUUAAACUUCACGAUAUCGCUCCGACAGAUCUGUUUCUUGAAUAAUGGCACACACAAGACGAACGAAAGUUGCUUUGUCAUGGUCGCUCUUUCCGUAGCCGUUUUUCGGGGUAAUGCUGAGCGGCGGCUAACUACCGCUGCCCUAAGCUGGUAGGCUUUAUAUUUAGCUCGUCUGCGCAGUUAUUUAUCUGAAAUAUGAGAUGACACGGGGCUGGCGAAUAGCUGACCUGGAUAUGUUCGGAGACGGAUAGAUAAAGGUGUUUAAACAUAGAUAUGGGGGUUAUUUUUGGUUGUAAAGUCCAUGCAUGUAGCAUUUGACAACAGGCCUCAAAGACCACACGAGAUCCAUGAAGGGCUUAACAUGAUAUCUGAACUACUUUAAAUAAUUUAAUCAGCUGUUUGAUGAUGAAACAAUACCAGAGAACACAGGUGAAGGAUGGCAUAGAGAAGAUGCAUAGUGAAAUUCUUGCUUGGGCCCAGAGGAUACUUUCUUGAACCCUAUCCAGGCUGUAGCUAAUGUUUUCUCUCUCCUCGCAGACCCCUUUGCUGAUGCAACUAAGGGUGAUGACAAGCUCCCAGCCGGGACAGACGAUUACAUCCACAUAAGAAUCCAACAGCGGAACGGCAGGAAGACCCUCACCACUGUUCAGGGCAUCGCCGCUGACUAUGACAAGAAGAAGCUAGUCAAGGCCUUCAAGAAGGUACUUUUUUGAGAGUGCCUUUCCAGCUCUUGCUAAAUGCAGAUGAUGUCUGUUAUUUUUUAUUUUUUUGUAUUUAUUCACACUGACUCUUUGCUCUGUUCUUGUUUGCCCCAACAGAAGUUUGCUUGCAAUGGUACAGUGAUUGAGCACCCAGAGUAUGGUGAAGUGAUCCAGCUUCAGGGUGACCAGCGUAAGAAUAUCUGCGCAUUUAUCUUGGAGGUACGUCUUCUGUAUCCCUUGGUUGUUUGUAUCUCUUGCGACUGGGGAACAAUGCUGACUCAUGAGACGAGCUGCAGACUGGCAACCAGAGGCCAUCUUAAUUGAUUGAUCUUUUGCUUUUAACCUACAGGUCAACCUGGCCAAGGAGGAGCAGCUCAAAGUCCACGGCUUUUAGGAGCAAGCAGCCCCAUCCCCCUUCUCUCCUGGAAGGCCAUUAAACACCUCCCUCCCCUUCCCCCCUUCCUCUCCUAUGUGCUGCUGUUGCUCUUCCUGUCCCCCUCCCUCGCAGCCCCACCGCCUCCUAUUAGCUAACACGUGAAUUACCUCUGACAAACAUGGGACUCUUUGACACCAUCACCCCCCUACAACACCAGGGGGCAGGCUCGCUCUCACAAAGACACACCACUGCAGCUCCACACAACAUCAGGGAUGAGUGGUGAUGACCCUCCCACACACACUUCCUCUUUCCUUUUCCCCCCACUGUUAAUUUCCUUUUUUUAAUUUUUCUUUUUAGGUUCUUGUGCCACACUAUGGAGGCACCGUUCUGUGUAACUUUUUUGUUUUGUACUGAAAGGUGUUUAAAUAAAAUGAGUGUCCAUAUGUUGGAGUGGUGUCAUGUGGAAUUGGGUGGGGAAAGGGUGUGAGAAAGAGAUGUCAUCAACUUAAUACCAGUGUUUGUGGUGGAAGUGGGUGAACUCUCAGAAACAAAUGCUGCAAGUGGGAAGAAGGGAAGUAUGUCAUUUGAUUUGGAAAUUUGCUUACAUAAGUGACUUCCAUCUUUUUCAAAAUCCUACUUUUGCAUUGUUUUCAUACCCAGCAGCCUGCUCUCAGAGUGGAGGGCAGUGUUUGUGAUCAGUACAUACCAUCUCCACCAUCCUGUCCAGCAAACUGUGCUUCUGCUCCUUCUUAAUGACUGAUUUUUACUAUUUUAUUUUGCUGCCAAUUCAAGUAUUAGGUAAACGGUUGCUCAGAGAUGGUCUUACUUUGAUCAAAGUGAGGCCUUUAAUGCGGCCCGUGGUUAUGGACACUUGAAUCUUUUAAAUUUCAGCACUGUAAUGCAAUAAUUUAUAAAUGCCAAUUAAGAUGAAGAUGCGCUAAAGUACUACAGUAAUAAUCUAAGCCAUGGCCAGGUCAUACUGUGCUUCUGUGACUUAAGGUGAUGGAAAGCAAGCCUGUUUUGAAAAAUCCAUAUUUGGUUCAAUAAAAUUUCUGCAGUUGAUAAGCAUCUCCUGUUUUUUGUACAUGGGUGCAUGACUUGUUCCUAGAUCCGGGCCGCAGAUCCCCUAAGGUCCAGCUACGUGUCUGACAAUGAUUUAAACACACUGUAUGCAACUCUAAAGCAGCACUGUCUUGACAGUAACAUAUUUGAAAUACCCAAAUUC